CUCUGGGCUCGGCAGGUCUCUAAAUCCUGGUAAAUGCGGGAUGUACUCCGGUUGGUAGGGAAUGCAAUAAGCGAUCGGGCGGGGGAGACUGCGCGCGCGCUAAGCCUCGAUAUCAUGCGGGAUAACGAAGGACAGAGGCAGAGAAGAACGAGGGACUCGGGCGUAGGCGUAAACGAAGACGGAGGCGCAGAGGCAGACGAGAAAGGCCCAGGAAGGGACAAAGAAAGAGAGGCCCGGGAGAGAGAAUGUGGGAAGAGGUUGAUGUUGCUGAUCUGGGACCAGUUUGGAUUUUCGGUGAGCUGCAGCUCCCGUCAUGAAAUUUUUUGGCAGUGAACCUGGGCGUUCAGGGUCUUUCUGGCUGGGUCUUUUGGGUUAGAUCCCAGUUGCCAGGAAAGGGCGGGAUCGGAUAAUGAAAGUUGUGCUGGUGUGCGGUGGAACUGGAAACGGUGGAACCUGGGAAGCCCGUCGACGGCGCAAAAGUGUCGUGAGAAAUGGAAUGCUGAGGUACUUUGCUGCUGUACUCCGUAUCUACCUUGCCUUACGGAGCACAGGUGAAGAGAAACUGCUUUGUAGAGAAUCAGAGAAUGAGGGAAAGUGGGUGCAGAAUCAAUACUUCCAGCCAAGGUAGGCACGAGUAGGGUGCCA